AAUCAGCAUUUAUGUGAACGCACGAGAUACGCAGUCACCGAAGCAAGUUCGAACUGGCGACAUGCAAGCUGGAAGCGCACGCACAGGGCACGGCUCCAACUACCUGUGAAUACUAUCCUUUACGGCAUCUCGUAUUGCACAACUCUUCACGAACUUCGCACCCCGGAAAUGUAGCAUGCUAGAAUGGAAGCCCUCGUGGAGCACGCUCAAAGUUUCAAAGCUGCGCACGCAGCUGCCAUUGUCGAACUAUGUUUUGCUGGACGCAAGAGUUUGGAGCAGAGCAGGAGUGCAGUGAACAAAUGGAACCACGCUGGGAAAUGGAGGCUCCCCACGCGCAAUUUGGCGUCCGGGCGAAAGCAGCUGGCUAUCACAGCGCCGGCGCGGCCGACGAAACCCCACGCCCCGCGAACGUGCCGCCAGCGCGCGGUGCUGUGCCGGACGCCGCGGCCACAGAUGGCGGGCCUGCCGCUAGCCCUGUUGCGCAACCUGCCACAGCUGGACCGCACCCCUCGCCGCCGCAAGGAGUAGGAGCCGGCGUGGCAGCGGGCGUCAACGGGCGUGGCCACGCGUUCACUGACUACGUGGCCACACUCUGGCGGAACCGGGCGCCGGCGCAGGCCAGCGCCUUGGUGCACGGCUUGAUGCCGCACCUAGCCAAAACCAACUGCCACGACCUGGUCGUGCGAUGGCAGGCUGCUGGGCAGCUGCGGCUGGGCAUGGCAUCAUUCAAGCGCCCGCGUGCAAAGCCAUCACGAGCACUGGCUGUGGCAACUCCGGAGGACCUGGUGGCGCUGGUGCUGCGGUGCCGAGCUGAAUGCGCGGAGCCGCACCGCGCAGGUUUCCUGGCCGCCAUCGAAGCGCGCACAAAGGCAGCGCUAGCAGACAGCACAGUCGGCACCAGCUUCGUGGCCUUCACCACACUCACGCCUGCCGCCGUCAAAGCCGCCGCAACAGCUGCGCGGCUGCAAGCGGAGGUGCAGCGGUUACAGCAACUCCGGCAAGAGAACGGCACACCGGAGCCUGCUCCUGCGCAACGGAGAGGUGGCGCUGGCGGCGCUCGCGGCGGCCCUGACAACGAGCACGCCGCUGGCCUGGAUGGCGGCGGUGGCCCCCCUGUGCACCGCCGCCACCCGGAUGGGCUCUGGGCGCGCAGCUGGCGCGGCCGCGGCCGGCGGGCGUGGGACGUGUGCCGCUGGGCGAUCCGCUGGAACACGCUGCGGCAGUUCCUGACGGUCUACGUCUGCUGCGCGCUGUGUGGAUUCACGGCCUACCCAACUGGGGAUGAGAUGGCCAAGUGGGGCAUGCGCACGCCUCUACCUGGGGAACGCCCUCCGCACGAGCUGUACAACUCGCUGCACUCGGGCGUCAUGGCGGCGCCGGACGGCACGUGGAUGCUCUGCCCCACGUGUGCCGGCAAGCAGCAGCAGGACGGCCGGGCGGAGCACGUGGUGUUCCACACGCCCGACUACGCGCGGCAGGUGGUGCGGCUGGAGCCCUCGCUGCAGAUGCUGCUGUCACUGGUCAACGUGGGCGCGGGGUUUGCGGCGAACGCCAAGGGAUACUUCACAGCACGACUGCAGCAGCCGCACGCAGUGGGCGCGGCAAUGCUGGCGUGGGACGACAGCGCAGCUGAACGGGCGCAGCUGGUGCCAGAUGGCGUGCGGGAGGUGCUGGGGUGGAGCCUCGCGUUCAACCCCAUCUACCAGGCGUACCUGUCCGUCAUAGAACAGCGCGGGCAGGACGCGCCGCAGCCGUUCCUGGGCCCGGAGGCGGUAGCAUCCUUUGCUGCUGAUGCCAUCGCCCGCAGUCCCGUAGCCUACAUGCUGCCUGAGCACAACGACAUGUGCAAGCGCGUGCUGGCGGCGGUGAUGCCCACACUGCCGCCGCCGCUUUCCCUCCGCGCGCCGCCCACAUCCUAUACGGCCGGCACGCUGCAACCACGCGCUGGGUUGCUGGGCGCAGCGGCUGUGGGCGGGGCCCUGGCUGUCGGAGGCGACGGGCUCACACAGCCACAGGUCAUCGUCUUGCCAGACGGCUCGGCUGCCGCCUCCUCAGCGGCAGUCAGCGGCCAGGACCUGCUGCUGACCGCGGAGCUGGCGAUGUUCCCAUACCUGUUCCCUUUUGGCUCCGGUGCAUUUGGCGGGUCAGCCAUGGCGUUCAGUGAGUACCUGCAGUUCCGCGCCCGCUGCUUCCUGUCAGUGUGGACUCUCGUACAGCCAUACCUGCUGCUCAUGUUCGCUGUGCGAACCACUACUCAGCUGUACGGCGGCCACCGCACCAAGGUGGUGCUUGAGCGCGCCAUUGCUGACUACCGGAAGCGGCAUCCUGACGCCAGUGACGCCAAGCUCAUCAAGCACAUCAUCAAGUACAGCCUCCCAUCUACCAUGCCCAACACGCCGUCCUGGCACCGCCGCAACCUUCAAGACCUGCUGUGGCAGUUUGCGGCCUUCCUAGACAUCAUCCGCGUGCGCCCGCCCACGGCGGCUGAGCUUGAGGCCGUGUUUGGCCGGUGGAGCCCCGCCACGACGCUGACGCCUGCCAGCCCGGACCCCGCCGCCUGCAGCCCCUACUACAUCUCAGAGGACAUGGUGGCACUCCUGUCCAAUGAGCGCACCACAGUGCUGUGCACGCACGUGGAGGACGCCAAGUCCUACAACCACGCCAUCCUUGAGCGCUUGGCCGCGACCGGCGCGGUGGGCAGCGUGGAGCCCUGCCCACUGCAGCACGAUGUUCCGGCGCGCUCGGUGGCAGAGGCAGGCCUGGAGAACUGGCUGCGCGACCCGUCCUUCAGAACAAUCGAGCAGGUGGCCGUGGGCGCGCGCGUGGUGCCGGUGGAGAACUGCGACCUGCACAAGGGCGCCGCCAAUGGUGCGGCGGGUGUUGUCACGCAGCUAAGCUAUGAGACGCGCGAUGACGGCCUGCGGCAGGUAUCCGGAGUCAAGGUGCGGCUGACGGACAGCGGCAAGAGCCUGUGGGUUGGGCGGCGCACCAGCGAGUACAACUGGUUCAGCGGCGUCAAGUACAGCAAGCACGCCUUGCCACUCACGCUCGGCUGGGCCAUCACCGCCCACCGCUCUCAGGGUGCGACGCUCACCGGCGGCACCAUCAUCCAUGCACGCAGUGUGUUUACGCCCGGCCAGCUGUACGUCAUGCUCUCACGCGUUACAGAGCGGCGGCUGCUGCGCCUGGUCGGCCCCCUCCGGCCCGACCUGUUCACACCGGUCCGCCUGCCUAACUUUGUCCAAAUCGACGCUCUGGCAGAUAAGCAGCGCGCAUUGCAGGCUGCUGCAUUUGCGGCGGCCGCGACCGCUGUGUUGGUGGCCACCGCCACGCACCCUCCGGUGGCACCUGCUAUGGAGCCAACGGCCCUUGACGGCCUGGACUAGGGACUGGGCACCUGGGCGCCCGGUCGGUUCCUCACCCUGCCAUCACCUUUCCUUCAUUGUGAUUUGAUUGUUUCAUGCCCAUGUGCGGGCAAUGCAAGGACAUACCUGACAGCUGUUGCAUUGGUCCACGGUAGGACUGCCUAGGACUUCACGCUGGUGUGCAUGCCAAAGACUCCAUACCUGCAGUAUGCAUGUUCCUGCCUUCCUGUGGUGGGUUACGCAACGCGCUGUUUUUUUUUAAUGCCUAGGGUCGCGCUUGACCGACGCUGGUGGGCUCACUUGAUUGGCCUGGUGAUGCCUGGCGCCAGCUUUGCAGCUCUGCGGCAUGUGCGUCACACCUGUUGUGUUCACCAAUAACCUUCGCUGUAUCACCUCGCUGUCAUGGGAAGAUCGCGAGACUCGGCCUCCAUCACAACCUA